AUGGGAGACUCCUGCAUUUGCCCAAGCUCUUUAAUAACUUUCAGCUCACCUCACGGUACAAAACGGAUCCAACUAUCAAAAAACUACUUGAAGAGAUUACCUUUGUCAUCAUUCCAUGCAUUCGUUUAUGGAGAAAAAAUCGCUCAACAAUGCAAUGUCACAAAGACAAUUGGGGAAGAAAUCGAUGCUGCCGUGGUGUUGAUCUCAAUAGAAACUUUGACUUCCACUUCAAAGGUUGGAAUAUUUGGAAAUCUUAUUACUAACAUUUUCCUGGACACCUUAGUGCUUGUGCUUGUUUUAGAAAGCGGGUCAAGUGAUGAUCCAUGCUCCGAAAUUUAUCAAGGAACAGGACCAUUCAGCGAACCAGAGACGAGAGCAAUUCGUGACGCGAUCCUCUCAAGACGCUACAAAGGACGUGUUGAUGGUUUCAUUACUCUGCACACCUACUCUCAGAUUUGGAUUCAUCCUUAUGGUCAUCGCAAGGACAGCUAUCCAGGCGACAUCCAAGAACUCUACGAUGUAGGAAAGAAAGCAGCAAAGGCGCUGCAAGAUGUUUAUGGCACCAAAUAUGUGGUCGGAAGUGGAGCAGAUACUCUUUAUCCGGCAUCCGGUGGUAGCGAGGAUUGGGCGAAACAUGCCGGUGGCGUCAAAUAUGUUUACCUCCUGGAACUGCGUCCGGAUGAAAAGAACUGGGAUGGAUUCAUUCUUGGCGAAUCUGAACUAAUCCCAACGGCUAGGGAAACCUGGGAGGGUGUCAAAGUAGUCGCCGAAGCUGUUCUAGAA